AUGGGGGGGGGGAGCGCCGGUUAUCUGGGGUCACACUCCGAGCCACACGUCUGCAUCGUGGACGAUCACGCUGCCAUUGCGCCACAAGCGCAUGUGGUCCCCCCUCCCGGAGUGGCACGGAGCUCAGUGUUGGGACUCUACCCCCAAAACGCACGAGGCAACAACGGGAAGCACCGGGGUUCCCAUAAGAAAAUGGAGAAAUGGCUCUGCCGAGUAAUAGAACAUUAUGCACCCACCCAUCCGAUGCCGGGUUGCACGCCGCCCCACCAAAUUUGCUACAUAGCGGCCGGCAAAUUACGGCCAUGGAGCAGCAUGAGCCUCUCUGAGGACUGCUUCGUGACUCGUAUUCAUGACAUCGCAGAAGUAAUCGAGAAAGCAAAGAAGGCAGGGCUGGUGGCACUUGUGUCUGGCGAGCACCAUGGAGAGUUUGCAAGGAUCUUGGAGUUGUCCGAACGGUUCCCUGGUUUUGUGUUGCCCUGCCUGGGCGUUCACCCGGUGCAGGGAUCUCCCUGCCAACCACGCAGCGCCACCCUGGAGGACCUGAUGUCUGCCCAGCCAGUGAUAGAGCAGCAGUGCGAGCGCUUGAUGGCUGUGGGAGAGGUGGGGCUGGACUUCAGCCCCCGUGUGGCCAAGACGGAGCAGGACAAGCAGGGCCAGAGGGAGGUGCUCUCUCGCCAGGUGGCGCUCGCCCUACGGCUCGACCUGCCCCUGAAUGUGCACUCGAGGUCCGCUGGUAGACCAACUAUUCAACUUCUCAAAGAGCAAGGAGCCCAGAAUGUGUUGCUGCAUGCCUUUGAUGGGAGGCCUUCUGUGGCAAUGGAGGGCGUUCAGGCUGGAUACUUCUUCUCCAUUCCGCCUUCCAUCGUCCGCAGUGAACAGGAGAAACUCGUGAAGCAGUUGCCUCUGGAGUACCUGGUGCUGGAGACAGACUCCCCGGCCCUUGGGCCUAUCAAACAGAUAAGAAAUGAACCCAGCAAUAUUGUGGUGUCCUGCGAGUACGUGGCGAGGGUAAAGGGUGUAUCGGUGGAGUAUGUGGCACAGGUCACCACUGCCAAUGCACUGAGGCUUUUUCCAAAACUUAUGCGUUACAUUAAGCUUUGUUAG